AUGACUAUCCUCUUCCCUCUAGCCGUGACGAUCGCCGCGAUGACGCUUGCCCUCUAUCUUCGGUACAAACGAAGAUUCUCACGCCUCCCCCAUUUCGUGGCCAACGACAACGUUGUUUCUGCGCUGAGGAAUGCCGCAUCUGAGAAGCGAGGGGCUUGGGAAGUUUAUAAUGCGCUCUCCAAGCGGCAUGGCCCCAUGUUCUCUUUCAACCUGAUGGGGACCCCUGUACUCGUGUUGAACUCUGCAACACUAGGAUGGAAGAUACUUGAAAAACGUGGGGAUAGCUACUCAAGCCGCCCACGUCUUGUCACUGCGCACGAGGUCCUAUCUGGUAGUCUCAGAGGGCUGAGCUCACCGUACAACGAGCACUGGAAGAGAUGGAGGAAGGUACAACAUGAUGGGAUGAACUCCCGCCAAGCUCUCUUGUACCGGGACUUGCAGAGCCUCGAGGCAACUAUACUAGUGCGCGACCUUGCGCUCGACAGCAGCCAAUAUCAGGAGAAGACUCUGAGGAACAGGUUUGCAGCUUCUGUAGUGCUUAAUAUUUCGUACGGUCGCCGCGUGUCAAGCAUCAAAGACCCUGCGGUCGCCUACCAACUUGAAUCAGGCAAAGCGUUUUCCAGAGCAACGAUACCGGGGAAGUAUGUUGUGGACUCGUUCCCCAUUCUUCUGCUCUUGCCACGCGCUCUGCAAUGGUUCAGAAAGGAGUUUGACGCACUGUUCGCGAAGGAUCUUCAGUUCUAUCGGUCUAUGGUUCAAGAUGUUCGUGAGAAGAUGGCGGCCGGGACUCACAAGGAGAGCAUGACUGUACGGGCCCUUGAGAACCGUGGCCUGACCGAGGACGAGCGAGCUUACUUCGUCUCAGCGCCUUUCGGUGCCGGGCUGCAUACGACUGCAGGAAGUAUAGAAUACGCAAUCUUGGCAGCCCUAUUGCACCCCGAGUCAACGCGCAUCGCACAGCGAGAACUGGAUGACAUAGUUGGAAGAGACAGACUACCAACAUUCUCUGACAUGGCCUCUCUUCCGUACGUUUCUGCAUGGAUCAAGGAAGUUCAACGGUGGCGCCCAAUUGCUCCGCUUGCAGUACCACAUGCUGUGACCCGCGACGACGAUCUGGAGGAGUACCGCAUACCGCGAGAUACCAUUGUUUACGCGAAUAUCUACACCAUGAUGCAGGACCCUGAUCUUUUCCCCGACCCCGAUAGCUUUCGACCGGAGCGCUUCUUGUCAGUGGAUGACCAAACUCUUGAUCCUCGGCUGCGGGAGUUCACGCUUCCUUUCGGAUUCGGACGGCGUAUUUGCCCCGGGAUGUAUGUUGCUUUACAAUCCAUAUUCAUCGUCGUUGCUCGCAUUCUCUGGGCCUUCGAAGUACAACCACGUCCCGGUGCUGUGCUCCCGGACUCUCAUGCGUACGUCAGUGACGGGCUUUCGAAGUCCCCUGCCGCAUUUGCAUUCGUCCUGCGCCCUCGCUUUGAAGAAGCCCUUACCAUACUCAAUGCAGAGGCCGCGGAGGCCGAUAUCCGAGUGAAGGAAUGGGAGUGA